GCUCUGACAACGCGUGAUAGGUUAAAGAAAUUCGGUCUUCUCUAAGCUUGGUUGAUUCUUUCCGGGGCUACUACUCUACCGUCCGUGCCUUACCUCUUUGCACCAAUUUCCUCCCCUUCUCUCUCUCUCCCAUUCAUUUGUUCUCUACGCUCUACGACUUAAAAAAAGGUUUCCGUCGGAUGGAGCAAGGAGGCCGAAAGAAACAAAACGAAACGAAACAAAACGAAACGAAGACGAAUAAAAAUAAAUAAAAAUAACAUAAAAAGAGAAGAAGCCAUCAGAGAAAGUUCUGAUCGUGUUGCUGCUGUUGCUAACGAAUCUCUGGAUCUCCAUUCUCUGGCAGUUGCAGAGCACAGACCUCCCGCUUCUGUUCUCAGUUCAUUCCUUGUCCAGGCUACUCUCUCUUUUGUUCUCUACAGCCAUCUUACUGUCGUCAUUGGUCCACAAUAAUCUCCAUAAGAUUAGAAGGUGCGCAAGUGUUGUUCUUCAGCGGCAAAUUGUUGUCAAUUGGAGUGGCAGCAUGCUAUAGUGUGGAUUUUUCAUUGUAAAGCAAGAGCUAGGGUUUUUGAUAUUAUGUAAUUGGCUAUCGAAUAUGUUGAUUUUCUAUGAAUUGUUACUUCUAGAUGUUAUUGAAUGCAAGAGAUAAUUAAAUAAGAAGAAAUAGACUUUGGAAUGGGGAAUAAACUGGGGAGAAGGCGACAGGUGGUGGAUGAGAAGUAUACAAGACCCCAGGGGUUGUACCAGCACAGGGAAGUUGAUCACAAAAAGCUUCGAAAGCUCAUUCUUGACUCUAAGCUCGCUCCUUGCUAUCCUGGGGAUGAAGAAUAUACCUACGAUCUUGAGGAAUGCCCAAUUUGCUUUUUGUACUAUCCUAGUCUCAACCGCUCGAGAUGUUGUAUGAAAGGAAUUUGUACAGAGUGUUUUCUGCAGAUGAAAACCCCUAAUUCAACUCGGCCUACUCAGUGUCCCUUUUGUAAAACCUCAAAUUAUGCUGUGGAGUAUCGGGGUAUGAAAUCAAAGGAGGAAAAGGGCAUGGAACAAAUUGAAGAACAGCGGGUUAUAGAAGCAAAAAUACGGAUGAGGCAACAAGAAAUUCAGGACGAUGAAGUGAGAAUGCAGAAAAGGCAGGAGAUGAGUUCUACAAGUGAGAUCAUCACACAAGGGGAGGUUGAACACAGCUCAACAGCUGGACCAUCUUUUAGGUCUCUCGUAGAUGGCGAGGAAAUCAUGUCCUCCCAUGAACCUGCUCUCUUAGCUAGACAACCUCCACGAGCGAGGCAGAAUAGGGACGAUGAAUUUGACCUGGAUCUAGAGGACAUAAUGGUCAUGGAAGCAAUUUGGCUUUCCAUCCAGGCGAGUGGAAGGCACAGAAAUCUAGUUUAUGGUGAAACUAGUCCUGAAGAAGACAGCAUUGGGGAUCACUCAGCUGUAGCCGAAUCAUCCUCAUCCCCAUCUGGAGGUCUUGCUUGUGCAAUUGCUGCCCUAGCUGAGCGCCAGCAAAUGGGUGGAGAGUCCACUACAAACAAUGGAGACAUUUCAGCAUUCAACAUUCUUCCGGGUGAUAGCAGGUUUUCUAGCAGGAUGGAACAAGUAGGGGAGAGCUACCCUCCAGAGAAUUCUGUUGAGCUGUCUUCUGACAGUGGUAUGGCUGCCACAAGAGAUGAUGGACAAUGGUGUAUUGAGCGUGGUUCUGAGGUAGCAGAAGCAGGAACCAGCUAUGCAACUUCUGAUACUACAGAAGAUGCUGGGGAAAUUGUUGCGUUACCAACUUCAGAUGACAAUGGCGCCACUUUUCAAACUAUGACAGGGCCCAUCAUUCCCGAGAGUUUUGAGGAACAGAUGAUGCUGGCCAUGGCUGUCUCACUAGCUGAGGCUCGAGCUAGGACAAAUGCGCAAGGAGUUGCCUGGCAGUAAUUCUCUAUGGUCAAGGUACUAAUAUAGUUUUCUUUUCCCCCCUUCCUCUUGCUUGUCUUAUACGGAUGUAAACGGAAAAAAGAAAAAAGAAAAAAUGACGAUUUUAAUGGACGGACAGUUGUUGGAUUCUGCUAUAAACAAGUUGCAUUGAUUCAAAUCACCUCCUUGCCAAGGCUUUGCGAAAAGUGAGAGGGUAAUUUUUCCCCCCAGCUUGUUGACGCACGGGUACUGAAAUCUUUUCAUUGCAUUUCUUUUUGUCUUGUUUAUUUUCUCUCCCAUUGCUUUAUCCCUAUUGUCACCCCCCUCAUGAAUCAAUCUGUUUGGUAUCAGAGCCAAAAGAUUAUUUUACAACACCCCCUCCCCCCCAAUUUACUCUGUAAUCUCUCUUCAUUGGCAGCAUGAACAGCAUUCGACUUUGAUAAAAAUGAAUUAAUUGAAUGUAACUUCAAAAGAAAUUCUACAUUUGACUUAAAA